AAAACAAACCUAGAACCUUAGACGAUUAUAAAUCAUUUGCUAGGUUUUUCGAAAAUGCCUCGCGCAUUCCUGGUCAAAAAAGUGAACACCGCCGCUGAAAAAAGAAGCUGGAGUGAGAUUCCGGAUUCCGCGCGAGGGGACGUUUACAUACCUGGUGAGUGUCUCGUUCAUGUUCGCGUGACACUGGGUGGGGAGUGUGUGUGUGUGUGUAAAGAACAUCUCUUUUCAUUGUUCUCCCAUUUUCAGAUAACUACAGGUAAUAUCCCAUCUCUUCUACCAGUCAUCCCAGAUAAUGCAAACAAAUUAGCAGAUAUUCCACCUGCUUCAGUGUUGUCCUGCCAGGUGUGCGAGAAAACAUUCACUACAGCACGUAUGCUGAAACGCCAUAAGAAGUGCCACAGUGAAAUGAAAAAGCACUCUUGUGAGCACUGUGGAAAAGGAUUUAAUGAUGCUUUUGACCUGAAGAGGCACGUACGUACUCAUACUGGUGUGAGACCUUACAAGUGCACUUUGUGUGUUAAAGCCUUCACUCAGCGCUGCUCCUUAGAAUCUCACCUGAAGAAGAUCCAUGCCGUUACUCAACAAUAUGCCUACAAAGAGCGUAGAGACAAACUAUAUGUGUGUGAGGAGUGUGGCUUGACUGCACAGACACGGAAAGGUCUGCAGAAUCAUCUUCUGCCCACAGAGACUCAUAAUGACAAAAAGCAACCAUAAACUGACACAUAUUGUGGAAGGUAAUACAUCACUGUGUUCAACCUGAAACCCCCCAAAUAUAGCGCUGAAGAAAAAAUUAGAGGACCUAUUAUUGGUGAAUCCUAAUUAAUAAUUUUGUUCCACUCUACAUGCACUUUUGUACAGUUGGUAAUUCUAGGCAGAACCAAAUCGCUUACAGAAUUAUUGGAAUUAGGAGAAUAAUUUGGAUGUAUUAUAUUAAAUAACAAAUUAUGCUGAAGCAGUAUAAAGUGUAUGAAGUCAUAGUACACACAAAAAUAAAAUUCUGGUAUGUUUUUGUUUCUAUGUCUGUGCACUUUAACUUACUAAAAAAAUGAUUAUAUAAAUAAUAGGCUAUACUUUAAAAGAAUAUACUUAAACUGAUAAUAAUAAU